AGUCGACGCGUCCAUUUGGUCCGCCGCUAAUAUCCUGGGAGGCUGGUGAUAUCAGUCCCCUUGUGUUUCUCUGCCAGAUAGGUCUUCGCCGCACGUAAAGAUGAGUGACUACGCGAUCAGCUUCAUCAAGGACUUUCUGGCCGGCGGGGUUGCCGCUGCCAUUUCCAAGACUGCAGUGGCGCCCAUCGAACGGGUGAAGUUACUGUUACAGGUCCAACAUGCCAGUAAACAGAUCACAUCAGAAACACAAUACAAGGGGAUUAUGGACUGCGUUGUGCGCAUUCCCAAAGAGCAGGGAUUUUUAUCUUUCUGGCGUGGAAACCUGGCCAAUGUGAUCAGGUACUUCCCAACUCAGGCCCUCAACUUCGCCUUCAAGGACAAGUACAAGCAAAUCUUCCUUGGGGGCGUCGAUAAGAAUACGCAGUUCUGGCGUUACUUCGCCGGGAAUUUGGCAUCGGGCGGAGCGGCUGGAGCAACCUCCCUGUGUUUCGUGUACCCGCUGGACUUCGCCCGAACGCGGCUGGCAGCUGAUGUGGGCAAAGCCCUGAACGAGAGGGAGUUCACCGGCCUGGCCAGCUGCAUCACGAAAAUCUUUAAAUCAGACGGCAUCAGAGGCCUGUACCAGGGAUUUAACGUCUCUGUCCAAGGCAUCAUCAUAUACCGAGCUGCCUACUUUGGAGUCUAUGAUACCGCAAAAGGUAUGUUGCCAGAUCCCAAGAACGUGCAUAUUCUGAUUAGCUGGAUGAUUGCACAAACUGUCACAGCAGCGGCGGGACUGGUGUCCUAUCCAUUUGACACGGUCCGUCGGCGGAUGAUGAUGCAGUCAGGUCGGAAAGGAGCUGAUAUUAUGUAUGCGGGCACAAUCGAUUGCUGGAGAAAGAUUACAAAAGAUGAAGGACCGAGAGCUUUCUUCAAAGGUGCUUGGUCAAAUGUAUUGAGAGGAAUGGGUGGUGCAUUUGUUCUGGUACUGUAUGAUGAAAUCAAAAAAUUUGUCUAAGAUCCAGUGGCUUCUACCAACCCAUUUCUUUAUCAUUUUAAAUUAUUUAAAAUGAAACAAAAACUGUACUAUAUUGUAGUAAGAUAAUGGUUUAACAAUGAUGAGUGUACCAUUAAGAAAUCAGAUGUCAGAAUAAAAAGUUGCAGGUUGGGGACUCAAUGAAUGUGAAAGGGCUUAAAACAUUAUUAAAAUUUAUAGUCACCCUUUGGGUUUGUCAUCUAUGUAUUAAAUUCCAUAGCCUAAUCCCCAUGCCAACUCUAUGUUUUAUUUAGGAGUUUACCAUUUAUUUUUCCCUGGCUGGUGACUUAUUUCUGUAUUUAGUACUUGUAGUAUAGGGAUAGUUAUAUUCUAAUUGCAAUUGUUAUGCACAUUGUUUAGCAUUGAUCCUAACUGAAACAAAUGUUAUUUAUGGUCCUAAUUAAAUCAAAAGUAUUUAUUAAGAUUGCCUCAUGUAUACAAUUUUCAAUAAAACUUUUGGUCUUGAAUUGAG